AUGCGUGAUGUGUAUGGUGAUGUGCAUAAUGUUGCAAUUGAUACAGAUCGGCAGAAAUAUCCAAUUGGUAGCGCACGUGUAGCAUUUUUCACGCGAUCAGCAUAUUGUCGUGCAGUUGAAUCAGGCUUCCUUGAGAUUCGUACUUCAAAAUUCACGAAGCGACUGCAAAUUGAUCCGUUUUUGGAGGAUUCGAAUUGUUCUCGGUGUGAGAGCAGGGAAGCCGAGAAAGCUAAACGGAGUCAGUUUUCGUGCAUCAGCUCGAAGCAGCCAGUCAUUUUUAUUCAACUGAGUUCCGAUGCUGACCAGCAUUUGCAUUUUCUUGCGCCGCUUUUCUUGCUUCGGAGCAAAACCAUUCGGUUGAUCUCUGAAGAGUUGGCUGACCUGCUCAUUACAGGCCUCGGACAUGCCUAA